GUAUAAACACUACACUUGUUUCUAGACGCCUAAUAAUGGACCCAUGCAUAAUACCCCUUUGGAGUUACCAGCAUUCAUCGGACAUUAAUUAUAUACAUCUAUAAUUAUUCUAAAUUCUAAAAUCUGAACCUCAAAAAAUAAUUAAUAAAAUAUUCAGAAGAACAAAAGAAAGCAAUGGGAAUCAAGGUUCAUGGAGUCCCUCAGGGUGGUGCUUCCAUUCGUGUGUUGGCAGCCCUUAAUGAGAAGGAGCUCGACUACGAACUCCUUGUCGUUGAUAUGAAAUCUGGCGCUCAUAAGCAACAACCAUUUCUCUCCCUUAACCCAUUUGGACAAGUACCAGCUCUUGAAGAUGGAGAUAUCAAGCUCUUUGAAUCAAGAGCGAUUACAAAAUACAUAGCAUACACAUAUGAAAACCAUGGAACACCCCUUAUAUACAAGCAAGGAAAAGAAAUGGCGGACCUAGCAGUUUGGAUGGAAGUGGAGGCUCACCAAUUCGAUCCUGUAGUGAGCAAACUCGCUUGGGAGCUUGUUUACAAGGGCAUGUUCGGUUUGCAAACUGAUGAGGCGGCAGUCGAAGAACACACAACUAAGUUAGCAAAGGUCCUUGAUGUUUACGAAGCUCGUUUGUCGAAGACUAAGUACAUAGCGGGUGAUGCUUACACCUUAGCUGAUCUUAAUCACUUGCCUGGACUGAAGUACAUGAUGGGCUCAAAAGUGCAGCAUUUGUUGGAUGAACGUCCUCAUGUCAGUGCUUGGUGCAAGAAUAUCAUGGCCCGCCCUGCUUCAGCAAAAGUUUUAAACAUGGAUAAACAAGCAUGAAUUGAACUAUAUAUAGUUCAAAAUAUGUUGUGCUCUAGUAUUAUGAACUAUGGUUGUUUAGGCAAAUAGAUCUGAUGUGGUGUUUUUGUUGAGUGAGUUUUACUUUGUGAAUUGUGAUGUAUGAGGUUGAUAAUAAGACCAGUGAUCAGUGUUUUGUUAAGAGAUUCUAUAUGUAGUUCAUGUAUAAGAGUUAAAAAUUUAGAAUGUUUUGCUUUGGAUUUAAA